GUAGUCGAUCCCUGACGGAGUCACCGACCGCCUGGAACCGGGGGGUGUAAUCCCACAUGAACGGUGGCCUUAACGGGCAGGUAACAGUCCGCCGCGAUGAGGCUCCGUGUGGCCGGAGCCGUGCUGCUGUCGGCGGCCGCCUACUACGUCUACCUGCCCUUACCGAGCGGCGUGAGCGAACCAUGGAAGCUGAUGCUGCUGGACGCGCUGUUCAGGAGCUUCCUGCAGGCGAGUGACGUGGCUCAUGCGCUGGGCGUGUGCCAUCGGGUCCACCUGUUGAACCAGGUGGUGUCCUGGGUGGAGGACAUCGAGCCUCGCUCCUGCCCCGCCGUGCACGUGACCGACUCCACGCUGGGCGGCGUGCCAGCCCGCGUCUUCCAGCCGAAGGGAGGGAAGCAGCAGCUGAAGAGGGGAGUCAUAUAUUUCCACGGUGGAGGAUGGGCGCUCGGCAGCGGACGGAUGCGAUCGUACGACCGUCUUUGUCGGAAAAUGGCGGAGGACCUGGACGCUGUCGUCGUGUCUGUGGAUUACCGUCUCGCUCCAGAGGCGGUGUUCCCGGAUCAGUACCACGACACGCUGGCGGCGUCGCGGGCCUUCCUGACGGCUCAGGUUUUAGAGCGCUACGGCGUCGACCCGGAGAGGGUGUGUGUGUCUGGCGACAGCGCUGGAGCGAACCUGGCUGCUGCUGUGGCGCAGGAGCUCGGCUCUGAUGACAGCCUGACAGUGAAGUUCAAGGUCCAGGCGCUGAUCUACCCCGUGCUGCAGGCGCUGGACUUCUACACCCCGUCCUACCAGCAGAACCGGGCCGUGCCCAUCCUCUACAGGCCCGUCAUGGCUCGUUUCUGGCUGCAGUACCUGGGCGCCGACACGUCCCUGGAGCCCCUCCUGCUCGCCAACAACCACAGCUCCCUGGACCAGCCGGCCAUCAGCGGCAGCACGCGUUCAAAGCUGGACUGGACCGCGUUGCUCCCGGCCGAACGCAGGAAGCACUUCCGGCCGGUUGUGAAAGAAACGGGCUCGCCGGGGGUGAUGGGCGAGGUACCGGAGCUGAUGGACGCGAGGGCGGCGCCGCUGCUGGCGGAGCAGGGGGUUCUGGGUAGGACGCCUAAAGCAUACGUGAUGACCUGCGAGUUUGACGUGCUGAGGGACGACGGGUUGAUGUACGUCAGACGGCUGCAGGACGCCGGCGUCACGGUGACCAGCGAUCACUACGAGGACGGUUUCCACGGCUGCAUGGUGUUUGCGUUCCUGCCGAUGAGGUCCAGCGUCGGACGGAGGAGCAUGAACAACUACAUCCACUGGCUGGACCAGAACCUGUAAGAACCGGGAGAAACGGAACCAAAGAUG